CCGAAGUCAGAUUACAGAGACUUGCAAACAAGACAAGAUCUCUUAAGAAACAAUCAUGAACGGAUUGACUAUCGCUGUUUUCGCCUGCUUGGCAGUUAUCGCCAGUGCUAAGCCUUCCGGCUGGGGCCAUGGAGGAUGGGGAGGUGAUGGAGCGUGGGGAGGUCAUGGAGCAUGGGGAGGUUAUGGUGGAUGGGGAGCAGGAGCUGGUGCUGCCCUCAGCCAUAACUACCAUGGAUCCGUUGGACCUGCUGGUGUCGUUACCGGUGCCGGAGCUGUGGGACCAGCUGGAUCUGUUGAUGGACAUGGCGCUGUAGGACCUGCUGGAGUUGUCAAUGGACAUGGAGCUGUCGGCCCAACCGGACCCAACGGAGUCGGAGGUGGAUGGGACGGCGCCUGGGACGGUGCUGGUGCUUGGGACGGUGCUGGUGCUUGGGACGGCGCCGGUGCAUGGGACGGUGGUCAUGGAGAUUGGGACGGCGGUUUAGGAGAUCAUGAUGAUGGUAGCUACGGUCCGUGGGCCGGACAUGAUCAUGGUCAUGGAUACGGAUGGGGUGGCCAUGGACAUUGGUAAA